CUAAGUACAUUGUACAACACCCCCGCGUACAUGGACGGCAAUGGCUGGUACUCGUAUCCUGCUACAUCCCAACAGUCACAUCCCUCUCCUAUGUCUCACGGGCGUCGCCCCGCGACUAGCUCUGUUCAAGGCGCUCAUAGCUUGCUAGGCGUGUACCCUGUCGGUUCCGCUACGCCCUCAUCGCAAGUUACCAGGCACCUCAGCCAACUAUCACUGUAUGCUGCACCACCUUCCUAUAUGCAGCCUCAUGUGUAUCGAACACCGGGAGCCUAUUCUCACCUCCCGACCUCUUCGGACUACGUUUACGAACUCGGCCAUGUGGCUUCUCCUCCACCAAGUCAGCCCGACAGGAGAUACUGGGAAGAUACGAGAAACGAGGCUGUGAGACAGUUAGGGGAGCAGGGGUUUGGGAACUCGUAUCAGGUUGCACAGAGUCCGUGGUCAUUCCCGUACCAGCAAGCCUCAAGCUACCAGACAUCGGCUUUCGCCCAUUCUGUGCUGCAGCAUUCGUUGCCUUCGUCUGCUUAUCCGACGCCUCCUCCCCCUGGCAUUCGAUCGUCGUCGUCAUCUCUGGCAAAUGCACUGGGUCCUGUAGCGCUGAUGCCCUCAAGAGUCAUCUAUAAAGCAGAAGAAUCCGCAGAUUACUUCAACAACUUUGUCGCCCAGUCCGCUGUGUCCGUUCAUCCGCAGCCUGCGCACAGUCGCGUUGUAUCACCACCACGUCCAGCGACCUCCCAGCCAGAUAGUCCUGACCCUCUCUCGUUAACGCCCGGUAGUCAAACUCCACGGAAGCGUAAAAGUAUCCAUUACUUGGCGACGCCCACCCCGAAGCGACGCCCGGCAGGAGACGACUCUGGAUCUUCUCGAGAAUUAUCCGGCAAUCAACAGCCCACCAAGCUGGUUGGUCCGUCUACUCCCAAGGCAAGGCUGCAAGCAUACGUCGACAUUCCUUCCCGUCGUCCAUACGUGGAGAACCCCGUUCGGCCAAAAGCCCCCACUACCCCCACAACGGGCAAGAGGAAACGUCAAGCCGACGACGACUCAGACCUUGGCGGCUUCGGCUCGGUCGAUGAAGGCUCGCUUUCAACAGAUACAUAUACCAAUAGAAGCGGUGCGCGGUCAUCCGCCAGAAAGGCAACCGGCGAGCGUGAUGGUAGAGCCCCACUCGAGAGAUUCGUCUCCUUACUGGAGGAUCUCUUCGAAGCUGAGGACUCGCUGUCUCCGGAUACAUACCCCAAGGACCUGCCGGAAGAGUUCUUUUCUCGCUACACAACGGACUGCGCCCACCCGCUUCUUCAUUCGAAGAUAAUGCAGAAGUUGUUGAAAUACAUUGCCCAGAUCGCUCGGCCGCCGAGCCGUUCAAAGUUGUCUGGAAGAGACGACAACGCUCAUGCGACUAAGGGUCGUAUGACAGACGUGGACAUGGCGGCUCUUGCCAGACUCCUCAAGAUGCUAGAACGGAGCGUGCGAUCGGGACACGACAUCAAUCCGUUCGAGACAACUUCUUCGCAGGGCAGCCCCACAAAGCACCAGGGCAGGGAUCGCGCACCGCAGAUGGACGAAUUGCAGUCAACCCCUCGAUCAUCUACCGGUCAUGCCACUGCAGUCUCUGACGACGCGUCUGACAACGGUAUCUCAACAGAGGCUGACACUAUAGUUCUGGACCGGUCGUUGGACGUUGCCCGCGAUAGCAUCCUGGCAGCUAACUGCUGCAUCGCGCUACUAAGCAGCGACAGACUUCCUAAACAAUUAUAUUCAGAGGAGCUCAUCAACGCUUGCUUCAGUGCCGUGAAGAACCAGCUAGAGAUGAUCGUCUAUCCAUUCGUCGAGAGCACAGAGGAACCACAGUCGCACUCGUUGCGGCACGUGAUGCAUCCGUCUUCCCGGGGCAGCAAUUGCCGUCGUCAACUAGCCGAACUGUUCCAAACACUCGAGGCCUCUAUUCCACGGAUUAACGAGCUCGUGGAUGCCGAUCGAUUAGCCAUGUCUGAAGGGAUCAUCAUCCAGGUCGUCUAUAUCGCCAUCGGCCCUUUUUUUGUCGCCGAAAAUGGCGGCGAUGGCGAGGGAAAAGGCAAGAAGGAGAACAUAGUACUGAAUACGUUGGGCUCCAGUGCCAUGAGGGGACUUAGAUUGGAUGCUUUGGCAUUGAUUCGAAGUGUCUUUGCUAAACAUGAGGAGCAACGAAGCUGGAUCAUUGAAGAGAUUUUGACGUCGUUAAUCAAGCUGUCUGAUAGCAAGCAGAAAGCGGGCCAGUUCCGGCUCCGUGACGGUCGAUCAAUCCGAACGGUCUCCGCUUUACUUCUACAGCUCAUCCAGACCUCCGUCCACGACGUCAGGAUUGAUGCACAAGCGAUGCACAAGUCUCGAGAGAUCUCGACCUCUCAGCGCCAAGGAGACUCAUUCUCGAGGGAUGAGACCACCUUUUUGACCGCACACGAGACGGAGCAGCUGCGUCUGUAUGUGUCUGGAUUGGAAUCGGCUACGAAAGCUGCAAAGACAAUUGUCGUCUUCCUUACUCAACGAUCAGGCAAAAGUAAAGCCACGAAGAAUUCUAAUGAAGCCGAGUAUCGUGUCAUCUUCGACAAUCUGAUCUCCGACUUGUUGUGUGUCUUGUUCUGGCCUGAGUGGCCUGCGGCCAGCUUGCUUCUCAGCAUCAUUUGCAAAUACAUGGUGACAUCCCUAGACGACGUGAAGACCGCCUCGCAGACAGACAACCAGGCAUUGAAGACCCUGGCACUCGAUCAUCUGGGUAUCAUUGCUGCGCGUCUACGUGCAGCUGGCUCUCAAAUGCAUAGCAGCCGGAGUGCCACCGCUCAGAGAUUACGGCCUGUAGAUGAACUCCUGUCGAAUUGUAGCAUCAAGGGGUUGCGCGCGCUGAUCUCGGCUCAUCGGGAUCUCGCGUCCUAUCUUUGUAGAAAAUCCGGCGAUGACCAGUCAUACGAAAGUGCCCGUGAGCUCGCAGCUGUCAUCUGGGGCCAAGAGCUUUCAACAGCUUUGCAACAUUGCGCUUCGGUGCUGGUUGACGGAUGUGACGAGGAGCACAAUCCCCAAGCACGAGGCAAUACCAUGGAUUUUGGGUCGUACCUGAAGGAUGCUCUUCAUAGCAUAUGGGAAGACGACGUCAGCGAUGUAUUUGAGAUGGGAGGCUCACAAGACGACGUGCAUCGCAUGCAUCGGUUGUGCGAAGAGAUCGGCACUAUCCAGACUUUCAAGAACUCGUUCACUCCCAUCUUGAAUGCUGUACUGAAGGCGCUCGACGCACCGCCCGUCUUCAUGCGGACUAAGGCGCUGAAAGCGUUAGGUCAAAUCGUCACAAGCGAUCCCAGCAUUCUUUCAUUUCCAAACGUCCGCCGUGCAAUCGAGAGCCAUCUUCUCGACAGCUCUUCGGCAGUCCGGGAUGCUGCCGUUGAACUGAUAGGGAAGUAUAUGAUUGAGUCCCCUGAAUUCGCGGCGGACUACUUCCAAAAGAUUGCCGAACGUAUCGCGGACACAGGGCUUGGUGUACGCAAACGCGUCAUUAGGCUCCUGAAGUCGUAUUACUCGGUCACCCCAGAACGUCCGCGACGUAUCGAGAUAUGCGUCAAGAUAGUCCUUCGUAUGCUUGACGAGGACGACACAGUCAAGGAACUCGCUGUCAAGACAAUGGAAGAGCUUUGGUUUGGAUCGAUACCGCAGAGGAGUAAGAACAGUUCCGCGCAUGCAACAGAACCAACGGAAUUGCAAUCCAAAGCGGCAAUAAUCAUGGGCGUGGCUGGCUAUUUCAAGGAUCGCCAGUCACCUCUGGAGGACAUGCUGCACGAUAUCAUGAAAGACAAGGACAGUGCAGAUACAUCCCUGGUUCACAGUAGAUAUGCCGAGAUCUGUGGUAUUCUGAUUGACGGGCUCGUCGAUGCGUCCGACUUGCCUGACUUCACUGUGGUGAACUGCAUACGCACCAUUCAUCUCUUUGCAUCGGCGUAUCCAGCCGUGCUUUCUGGGUUCAACGCUGCUACACUGCUGCCUUACUUGAAGAAUGCUACGACACCCGAGGAGCAGAUGACUUCUGACUAUUUGCUGCGUAUCUUCCGUGUCACAAUACCAUACAUGUCGAAGGCUGCUCUGAAGUUCGGUCAAGACUUGCAAUUGGCGCUGCAGCCCAUGAUCAUCAGGCCGUCCUCUACAUCUGGUCUUCUGGGCUUGCAAGAGACUGUCGCCUGUAUGUGUGCCAUCGUCGAGCAUAUCACGCAUGACUUUGGUCGACUAGUCGCUCUUUUGCGAUCAUGCAACGGUCGACUACAACAGGCUCUAUCGAAGUCGGGUACCCAGCCGAUCACUGGUCCUGAGCAACGUGCUUUGUCGAUCUUGUUAUUCAUUGUAUCGCUGCUGUGUGAGCAUUGUUCAUUCGACCGGUUACGAGCAGAACGAGAAGACCUUCGGGCGGAGAUCGACACUAUCUCGAAGGGACCAAUCACCGAUCAUGUGUACAACAGCUUGCUCAAACUGUACCAUAAACACAACGAUGCGGGUUUGCGGGCUCGUAUUCUGCAAUGUCUUGGGUUCCUCUUUCGUGCGCAGCCUGCGCUGAUGACGGCAGAACCGUCGGCUGCUGUUAUGGAUGCUAUAUUCUCCUCCCCCGAAGAAGAGGGCCGAGCCCGCCUUCUGAAGAUUCUGCAAGACUUCCUAGUUUCCGAAGCUGCAAAACACGCUGCAAGAGAGAAAGCCAACUCGCGUGUCAAAUCAGCCACUGCUACUGUCAACAUGGAAGAACUUGUGGGCAAUACGGACGGCUUUGCCGAGUCUGGCGUGAGCUCAGCUAUCGUACAGCGUUACUUGGAUCCUAUUCUGCAGGCCGCACUAUCACCUACCGCAACGAUACAGCUAGCAGCUGUGGAUAUCCUGAGUUUCACCAUUAAGCAAGGUCUUGCGCAUCCACUCCAGUCAUUCCCCGUGAUUGUGGCACUGGAGACGAGCCCCAACACUUCCCUUAGUGGACGCGCCAGUGCGCUUCACAGUAUACUUCACGGUAAACAUACGUCGCUGCUGAACACUCGCUUUGUCGUGAGUGCCAGGGCGUCGUUCGACUAUCAGAAGAAGCUACAUCCAGGGCAAGUACGAGGGUACCGUAUGGCGCCCGGUCAGACUGCCCUGCUGCAUCGGUGGUAUUCUCUCGUCCGUGAGAAGCGAGCGACGAGGCAAGACUUCCUGAAAUCGCUGGUCAAGGUGUUCGAUGUGGAGGCCACUGCAAAGACUACGCAGGACGAUGCUGACUUCAUACGAUACAUGGCUGAGAACUUUGCUGCGUUCGAGUACAAGACGCACGAGGAGGUGUUGACAGUGCUGAAGUACCUGACAGCGGUGCUUUCCACGGCCGGCAUGCAGCUCGUCGAGACGUUGUCACCGUCCCACCUCCUCGCCCAACUCCGUGCGCCGACAUCGGCACAGGACCAGGACCAGGACCAGCAUAUGGCAGAUGCUUCCAUGGGACCGCCGCCCAGCAACGCCGCGACGUCCGCAGCCGCGAUCUCCAACAUGGAGGACGCCCUUCCCUUGAUGCGGACCGCAGUCAUCGUCGCCAUGAUCAUGUUGCUCAAAGCGUAUCUGAAGGGCAUGUACGGGAUAUCUGAGGAGAAAUGUGCCAAAUGGGUGGUCGGGAAGAAGAGCGCCGCUGGCGACAAGGCCGCGACGCGUCGGCAUGAACGACCGCUGAUCUGGGAUCGCUUGCCAUUUGCUACGGCACCGAUCCUGACCAGUGCGGACGCCGAGUCGCAACGGACUAGGUUCCUGGAGAUAUGGAAUGAAGAUGGACUGACUGCUGAACCUGAGGACGACUUCGUGUAAUGCAUAUUGAUGCUCUGUACGCUAUUGCCGCUGUUUUCUUGCCCUGCUAUUCAUACUCACAGCUCGUACUGCUGUUAAUGUUCUUCUAUCAUUAUAUGCUUCUUGUUCUCUCCACUGCACGCAUAUGCUUCUUGUUCUCUCCACUGCACGC